AGCAUGAGUUUUUCAAAUUGAAAUGCAGAAUAUGACAAGCGAAGAAACCGAUUCCACUGCAACUCAACUUCCAAUUUCACUUGAAGAUGGUGAGCCUACUAAGAACUCAAAUAUCAACGGCGAGGCAACUAGCAACUUUGGAGAUGAAAAAACGUCCAUUGUUGAGUCCACCUCAUCGUUAGAUGGCGAUAUUCCAGCCACUAACGACGAUGAAAUGUCUGACUUUCUUUCAGCGCAAAGGUCAAUGACUGGCAUUGUUUCUCCCAUCAAACCGAAAUUCUCGACUAAGCCAGCAACAUUGGAAUCAAGUUAUCUCUCAAACACAAACGAUAAUGGAGGUGUCUCUCAUAAUGAUUCGGAAAUCGAAAACGCAAAAGGGUUCUAUGGCAACUUAGACAUGUCAUUUGAAGACGACUGCAUGGGCGAAUCAAAUUACAACGAAUACGAAAAUUGUGACCUGGAAAGAGAAAUUGAGAUUCUUCGAGAGCACAACCAACAUCUAGAAUCACAGAACAAACUUCUUCAACAGUUUUUGUCGCUAGAUAAUCAUCUACCAGAUGAAAUGAAUACACCCGUUGCGCUGGUGGUGAUUCCAGACAACCCGCGAGCCAGAUACUACAAAGAUGUCAUUGAAGAGUUUCUUUUGAACUUACCGCCCAUUACAGAAAGUAAAUUGAGGCGGGAGAAAAAAGCGGAUGAGUAUAGGCCGAUGUACCAACAUGCUUCAUUUAAUUUGUACUCACUUUUGAACCAAAAAGAUUUAUCAGGAGCGAAUAACAAAGUGAAAAUGAUCUACAAUUCGUUUCUCGCUUCUGGAGAAUACUUAGUUGACUCAUUCGGGCAGCCGCUGGUUAAUUUUGAGCCGGCGUUGACAGAUGGAUGGAUCAUUCCAUCAUUUGCACAGAAGUGGAAUAUGACAAUAGGUGAUCCAGAUAAACCGUCAGAGACCAAGAAGUUCCAGAUGUCAUGCUUUAACUGUGGUGGACCUCAUAACUUGAGAGAAUGCACUGAGAAAAGAGAUCUAGUUAGGAUUAGUCAGAACAGACAAGCGUUGAUCGAGAGGUUCGGAGCUGCGCCAGGACUGGCUGCCAAGUCCACCAGAUACCAUCUGGAAGUGUCGGAAGUGGAUAAGAGGUUCACUAAGUUCACACCAGGUCGAAUCAGUCAGGAACUGAGGGAGGCUCUUGGACUGCAGAGGAAAACUCUGCCCCUGUUCGUGUACAAGAUGAGACAGCUGGGAUACCCGCCCGGAUGGCUGAUAGAAGCUGAAGUGCAGAGCUCAGGUCUGGAUCUGAUCCAAGGAGAGCGUGAUAGCCAGUUGGUGGAAGAUGGAGAGGUGGUUUGUAUGGAAGAUGCAGAUAGCAAGGCGAAGCAGGACGCCGCCAAUGCAGAAAAAGAGAACAAGGUCACCUACAACAUCGACAAACUGGUCACAUACCCUGGAUUCAACUCCAAAAUUCCAGAAGGAGUGAGAGACGAGUGCAAUAAGAUGCGGCCUCCGAUGCCCCCAAUGCAGAAACAUCAGCAGUUGGUGGCCUGGAACAGAUUCCUGGCCAAGGACGCCCCCGUGAACACAAAUGAGGAAGAGAAGAGUGGUGGGAGGGGCAAGAGACACGGGUACAAUCAAGGGGAAGACAUGGGAGGGGAUGAUUCAUUUGGAGCUAAACGAAUGCGACUGGACAUGAGCAACACUGACCCGGCAGACAUGGAUAUCUGUGAGGACGAACCAGUGAUGCCCAUCAUCCAGCCAAAUGAGGACCCUCCCUUCCGAGGAUUCAUUCCCCCUCCACCCGACUCACCUCUACCCGAAGACACCCCCCUGCUGAACCCCAUGCCCCCUCCUGUUAGCAUAUCCCACUGGCUGACUGACUCUCUUAGACUUUUUAUUCUGGAUGAGGAUGUGUCGAUAGUCACAAAGAGAAGAAAAGAUACAGCAGAGAACGGGAAUUUUUUUGAACCGGAUGAGGAUGGGGAAGUUGUAGAAAUAAAUACUGAAAAAGCAGAAGUUAAUUCGGACAUUGACGAUGGAAUGUCAUGUGCAAGUACAGUCGAAGAUACUGUUAGGACAUUGAGGCAGAAAACUGUACCGAAUACAACGAGUUCAUCUGGCACCGAAAACGAAACUAAUCCAGAAUGCGCGAUUGAAGAAAACGAUGCUGGGAACGAAGUCAAUGAGUCACCAGCAAAAGAAGACGCUGCAAAUACAUCUUCGAGUGGCAUUGUAGAAAAGCCAAAGGUGUUCAAAUUGGGCCCUGAGACUACAGAUGCAAUCAGACAGUACCAGCAGUGUGUGCCACCCACAGAGCCCCACAUGUUCCUCUUUCCGGACAAGAAUGACCCGGAGGUGCUGGAGGAACUGUACAUGAACCCACCGCCGGAGUCAGAUGAAAUCCAAUUGGGCGACGAGAAGGCGAGGUACAAGAGUGCGAAGGGGUUGCCCGAAUAUUGGAAGUUCAGUGGAGGCAUUGAGCCCUACGAAGCGAAAGAGGAGGUGCCUAUUUUGGGACUUUACAACAGAAUAUUGAAGACUUUGAAAGAACAUAAUACAUCUUGUAGAUGAUGAUUUUAUUGUUAUGAAUUAUUUCUUGUUUUUUUCUUCAGUAGUUGAUUUUUCCAAAGUUCAA